GUAGAAUAACUGACGCUCAUCAGGACUUGCGUAAGGACACCCAGCCUAUAAACACGACAUAUCUUUCCUAUAUAGUUAAAACCAACGACGGAGCAGUAGGUGAACGAUGGAGAACGCUAAGUUGAGGUCGAUUCCGAAGAAAACAAGUGAAAGAUAUUUUCUUUGCAAAAUAUGCCGAAGUCUUUUUAAGCGAUUUCGUCGAUGUGAAUGCUUGUUGGAUUCGUUGGAUGGAAAAGGAUGCAACUGCGUGAAUGAAGAUGACGAGGAAGUCUCUAACGAAUGUGAAGGAUUCUAUCAAGAUAGCAGUUCUCAAACUGACUUGAUGCAUGGUGAGUGUUUUUUUCUUAAUUAAAGUAAAAAAAGUAUAAAGUUUGCGUCGUCCUUUAGAAAUUCCUCGAGGCUUCUCCUUUCGUCAGCAAAGGGUGCAAAAAUCGAAUGAGGGAUCAAUCGGUACUAUUCCAUCAUAUUCCGUCGUAAGUUUGACAAGUCUGACUGAAGAAGCUCCAUGUUACGUGACUGAAGUAAUAACUAACAUUAAAGAUCGAAGAACGACACGAUGUAAAGUUGAAUUAUUUGUAAUCUUUUAUCAGCUCCGCCUUCGAAUCCUCCAAGGGUUGUCUUUCAACGAUCAGAUUCGAUUGCAUGUCGAAAUCCCAUGGAUGUAUCUCAAAUACUUGAUUUAAGUCCAAGAAACUUUAUCUUCGCAAGAGAUAAUCCUCAAAAUUAUCGAGAAAUACGGAAUCCAUACGUGCUGGUGAUAAACAUUGUAAACUUUAUCAAGGACCCACGACCAAGGAAUGGGGCUAAACACGAUCAAGAUAACGUGGAGAGGUUUGUAAGAGAAGCUGGUUUCAGCAGUGUUCUGUGGUAUUUUGACCUGGAAAAACAAGAUAUGCUGAAACUUCUUGAAGAAACCCGAAAAAAUGCAGAUUUGGGUAAGUAGCUCUACAUGCAGUCUCUAUUUUUGUUACAUCCAUGAGGUUCGUGCACUUUAAGUUUCGAUUAGACCGGAAGUUAGCUGCUGCAGCAAAGUAACAUACUCUUAAAGUGUCAUGGUUUUAAAAAACCAUUUCCUAUUGCCAUAUCUAUUUGCAACGUUUCCGACUUCUACUCCUAAAUUCUAUGGCGUCCAGAAGAGGUUUACUUCAAAGUUUGAUUUGUCUUAAAUGAGUAUGUAGAUCUCAGAACUUUUUCCUCGUUCAUUGAUAAAAGCACUCACAGGAAGGUGUGGUAUUAAAACCAAAGGGAAAUUCUGAGCUGCCAAAAUAACUUUUUGCCUAAAUUAUAUUGCAGUGAAGCUCCCUCUACCUCUGUUCAGUACUUUGAAUUGCAACUGAUACAAUGUUGAUUUCUUUCGUUAUUCUGUUACAGUUGAAAAUGACAGUUUUAUCUGCAUUAUUAUGAGCCAUGGCAACAAAGAAGGUAUUUUAUGCAGAGAUCAUGAAACUAUUUCAGUGGAGAACAUAAUGGAGAAAUUCCAGGGAAACAAUGAUGCUUGUCCCCAGCUUGCAACAAAACCAAAAUUGUUCUUUGUUCAAGCAUGCAGAGGAGAAAGUGAUGACAAAGGGUACUUUGCACCAAGAGGGCCAAAAGAUGUUUAUCCUGAUACAUCUGACAACAAUGAGAUGCCUGUAAAACUUCCCUCCGAUGCAGAUUUUUUGAUCGCCUAUUCCACCACCAAAGGCACAAUCUCUCACAGACGCUUCACAGUUGACAGAAGAUAUGCUGAAACACAUAAGGAAAGUCUGGGUUCUUGGUUCAUCUCUUGCUUGGUACAGGUUCUAUGUGAGAACUCUCACAAGGAAGACUUAAUGACUAUGCUCACAAGAGUGAACAGAGCCAUGUGUGAAUUUUACACUGAAGGUGGAAGCAAGCAGAUUUCAUGCCAACUUUCUAUGCUCACAAGGAAAGUCUACUUUUCUAACUUCCUUGAUAAGAAAAAGUGUGUAGGCAGCAACACAAAUUAG